AUGGCCGUCCUCACUGAUGUGACGUGGAUCAUCGGCCUGAUGAGUUUGUCGUUUACGGCGUCGGCCUUUGGAAACGGCGCCAACGAUGUUUCCAACGCCUACGCCACGUCGGUGGCGGCGCGCACGCUGACCAUGCCGCAGGCUGGUAUCUUGGCCAUGUUUACCGAGUUCUUUGGCGCCGUGGUCCUGGGCAGCCGCGUCACCGGCACCAUCAAGAACGGCAUCAUCGACAUCAACCGCUUCACCGACAAGCCGUCGGCCCUGGUCCUGGCCAUGGGCUGCGUCGAGUUCGGGUCCGCCUCGUGGCUGUUGCUCGCCACCAAGGUCGGCUUCCCCGUCAGCACCACCCAGACCGUGGUCGGAGCCCUCGUCGGCGCGGGCAUCUCGUCCGGUGCGCAGGUCAGCUGGGGUUGGAAGAAGGGUAGCGUCUCACAGAUCGCCGCCUCCUGGGUCAUCGCGCCCUUGAUCUCGGCAGCCAUCGCGGCGGUGCUCUUUGGUACUCUCAAGUUCUCCAUCCUCGAGCGCGAGAGGUCGUUUGAGAGGGCCCUCAAGGCCAUCCCCUUCUACCUCGCCUUCACCGCCGCCAUACUCGCCCUCUUCAUCACCAUCGAGGCCCCCGGAGCCCCCAGCCUCGAGGAGCUGGGAGCCGGAACCGCCUGCGGCAUCGUCUUUGGCGUCUUCUUGGGCGCCCUGGCCCUCGCUUACAUCUUCUUCGUCCCCUACGUCCACCGCAGGCUAGUCAGGGAGGACGCCCGCAUCCGCCCCCGCCACAUGAUCCUCGGCCCGCUGCUGUGGAGGGAGAACCCGCCCAUCUUCUGGCCGGCCAAGGAUGGAUUCAUCGUCGAGGACCACUACGCCGUCCAGGAAUACCCCGCGGAUGCCGGCCCAGGCUCGACCGACCCCAAAGCCGGCAGCGACGCCAUCACACCCAACGGCGACGGUGACGCAACCAACGGCAUCAAGGACCCCGAGAAGCGCAACCUGGAGAACCAGCAAACAGCCGGCGGCAACAACAAGAACAACUACAACAACAACAACAGCAACAACGGCGUCGUCGUCGACCCAUCCUCCACCGACCUCGAAGCCGGCCCGACGCCGCCCCCCACGCAACCUCGGCAGACCAUCGCGCGGUACAAGAAGCAGCCGGAGCCCGAGGAGCGGUUCCUCGCGCCGACGGCACACCUCCCGCUCUACAACCCGAAGCGGCUCUGGUCGUGGGCCAAGUACGUGUUCCUGCAGGGCGUGACGCGCGACUGCGUGACGCACGCGGCCGAGGACCUGGCCAACGUGCACGGCAAGGCCAAGCGGUACGACAACCGCGUGGAGCACAUGUGGACGUACGCGCAGGUGGCGUCGGCGGUCAUGAUGUCCAUCGCGCACGGCAGCAACGACGUGGCCAACGCCAUCGGCCCCUGGGUCGCGGCCUACCAGACGUACCGGACGGGCGCCGUGAGCGAGGACACCGAGACGCCCAUCUGGAUCCUGAUCGCGGCCGGCUUCCUGCUCGGCGCCGGCUUCUGGUUCAUGGGCCACCACAUCGUCCGCUCCCUCGGCAACAAGCUCACGCAGCUGUCGCCCACCCGGGGCUUCGCCAUGGAGCUGGGCGCCGCCAUCACCGUCCUCAUGGCCAGCCGCCUGGCCCUGCCCGUCAGCACCACCCAGUGCCUGCUCGGCGCCGUCUGCGGCGUCGCCAUGAUGAACUUUGACCCCGGAGCCGUCAACUGGAAGCAGAUGGGCUACAUCUUCUCCGGCUGGGUCCUCACCCUGCCCAGCGCCGGCUUCAUCGCGGGCGCCCUGCUGGCCAUGGCGCUCAACGCACCCAGCCUCGCCUAG